AGCAAUUAUUGAACUUUUCUAAAAAUUGAUAUCCAUUUUUUUUGUUACAAAAAAGUGAGUGUAUCAAACGGAUGGAUGUUUGAGUUUUCCUAAUGUCGGAACAAGAGAAAAAGAGUGGCGGGAGCGCCAUCGAAGGCUCUGUAAUGAUGGUAGAAAAGACGCCAGGUGGUCGGUUAAAGCAGCCCUAUAGACCCAAUGAGCUGCAAGAUAAUACUGAUUUUCACCAGAAACGUCCCAGGGCUCCUAUCGUACCUUCUGUUGCUGAGGAAAUGAAAUAUUUUACUGAAGAUUGUGCCUCUAAUGAAAAUGAGUUCAAGAAAAGAAAGGAAUAUGAAGAAGUUUCUUAUGACAAAGAAAAGCAAAGUAUUGCAAAAAAAUUUACAUCAAAUACUGAGAGGCGGGAACACUCACCUGAAUCUAUUAUCUUACAAUCUACGGAACUUGAUAGAAAGAAAACCACCCAUGGACCCAUUACACCUUUAGUUCAACCCAUACCUGAUGUGCAAUCUACAACAUCAGGUCUUAUUGAUAAUGAAAAAGAAGCGACCAUGAAAAUCGACGAUGGUAGCAUAACAGAGGAGAUUGAAGAGUUACAGUCGCCAGAAGUCGCUAAAAAACACUCUGAUUGGUCGGAUGACGAGGAGGCGGGCGGGCUGCCGCGCAGCGACUCGCGGGCUUCGCGCGUCUCUCGCAUGGUGCGACAGUUCUUCUGUUGUGGAGUUUCUUACGAGGCUCCUUCCGAAGACAAUAUUUCGACGCAUCGCGCUUUUGGUCAAGGCAUUUGAAUAUGCCGUCGAUCGUCGUUCCCAUUUAUGUCAAUACUACUAAUGUAUCUAUCUAAAAAAAAUUAUAUUAGCUCGCCAUUUCAGCCGUCAGUUUAGAAUCUUAAAUAGCAUCUAUGAUUAAGUUAUAAAUGAGAACACGAACGCUAAUGUGUCUUUAUAAUCGGAUUUCUUGUUGUCUGGGAAUGGCUGGCUAGAAUUAUAAAUAUAAUAAGACGUGAACUUGGUGCGUGUGCGAAACUGUGUACAUAAAAUUAUCAAUAAAAGUAGUUUUUUUUUUAUAUCUCCGUCCACUUCUAAAUUUGCAAUGGAUGCGUGAGUUCGCCCUCGUCUAAAGCAAAAUAGGGAUUAAAUAUGUAUUGUAAUUUGUGUUGUAGAUA